GAAUGGUGGACGACACACACCCGCGGUCGCAGCAGUGUGUGUGUAGCUACCAGGGUGCGCGGCCUCUUCCCUCGCUCGCUCUCCCAGCAGCCACACUAGCUAGCUAUCACUAUCCAGAGCUCCGAGAGAGCUGAAGCUAGCUAGCAAUGGCUGCACCUCCUCCUCUUCCUCCUCCUAGCAGCAGCAGCGUGUCCCGGCGCGCCGCCGCCGUGCCGGCAUUGCUGCUGCUGGUGGCGAUGGCGAUGGCGGCCUUCCCCGGCGCCGGCGCGCAGCCGUCCCCGGGGUACUACCCGAGCUCGAGGUUCCGGCCCAUCCCGUUCAACCGCGGGUACACCAACAAGUGGGGCCCGCAGCACCAGACGCUCUCCGGCGACCACUCCGCCCUCACCAUCUGGCUCGACAAGACCUGCGGGAGUGGUUUCAAGUCGAAGCACGCGUACCGGAACGGCUACUUCUCCACCCGCAUCAAGCUCCCCGCCGGCUACACCGCCGGCACCAACACCGCCUUCUACCUGUCGAACAACGAGGCGCACCCUGGGUUCCACGACGAGAUCGACAUGGAGUUCCUGGGCACCAUCCCGGGGGAGCCCUACACGCUGCAGACCAACGUGUACGUCCGGGGCAGCGGCGACGGCCGCAUCGUCGGCCGGGAGAUGCGCUUCCACCUCUGGUUCGACCCCACGGCGGCCUUCCACACCUACGCCAUCCUCUGGAACCCCGACGCCAUCACCUUCUUCGUCGACGACGUGCCCGUCCGCCGCUACGAGCGCCGCACCGAGCUCACCUUCCCGGACCGCCCCAUGUGGGUGUACGGCUCCAUCUGGGACGCCUCCGACUGGGCCACCGACGACGGCCGCCACCGCGCCGACUACCGCUACCAGCCCUUCGUCGCGCGCCUCGACCGCUUCGUCAUCGCCGGCUGCUCCACCGCCGCCCCGGCCUCCUGCCGCCCGGUGCCGGCGUCGCCCCGGGGCGCCGGGCUCACGCCGCAGCAGUACGCCGCCAUGCGGUGGGCGCAGCAGGGCCACAUGGUCUACUACUACUGCAACGACUUCCGCAGGGACCACUCGCUCACGCCCGAGUGCUAGCCCGGCCGGCCGGCUGGCGGCCAUGGAUAGAUCUUGGCCGGUUGUGCUCCUGGGAUGAUCGGCGAUCUGGCGGUUGGCGCGUGCUCCGAUCUCUUUCCUGGUGUUGCUUGUUUCCUCGCCUUGGAUGUUUGUUUGGUUGUUUGUUUUUCCUAGCAUUGAUCUCCCGUGAACGAAAGGCUAGUGAGAUCGAUCGAUCGGUCGACGGAUGAUGAUGUGGCUGCCCUACCACCACCGCCGCUUAGCUGCUUGUGAGGCGGAGCCGGGCGGGGUGGUUGAGGCGUUGGUCGUUGGCGUAUUUUGCCAACAAAAGGGGUGUCGUCGUCGUCUGCCGUUUGCUUGUUUUGUUGCCUUUUUCCCAUUUGGUCUCACAUGCGUGCCGCCCCAAAGGGGCAAGCUUGCAUGAUUCAUGGCAUCAUGCAUGCCCACUGUAAUACGGAUCUGCUAUACCAUAUAUAUCAUAUAUAAGUAUUUAAUAUGUAUAA